GGGGUCCCUCCACACACUCCCGGGGUGGCAAUGCGAAGACUCCAAGGAGAGGGGCAAGGAAGUGCAGCGGGAAUAAAAAUGGAAAUGCAGGAUCCAGCAGAAGUCGAGCAGGGGCAGGCACUGGAGAGAGACCUUACCAUCGUCCAAGUGGAUGCGAACGAAGCGCUUUCUCCAGGAGGAGAUGCCAGUGAAAUCAAGCAAGAGCCAGAGGAGGGGCUGCAACCACACUGGAAAGCUCCACAGCACAACUUCCUAAGGGAUGCUCCUCUUCCUCCGUUGGGAUGGAAAGCCCCACAAGCAUCUCCAUCCCGAUUAGAGGAGAUCCCGAAGGAUCUGAAAUAUUCCUUCGAGGGGCUUGCAGAUGCUGAGCCUUGCAAAGAGUGGAGGACCCACAUGCUGCUGGAAUCCCAGCCAGGUGGCAAAAGCCAGAACCUUUUCAGCAAUGCAGCGGAGGAGCGGGGUCUGGACAAGGACAGCGUGAGCUCAGAGAUAAGGCGCAGGCGCUUCCGGAGGUUCUCCUACUGGGAGGCUGAGGGGCCGCAGGAGGCAUUUGGCCGGCUCCGAGAGCUUUGCCAGCAGUGGCUGGAGCCGGAGAGACACACCAAAGAGCAGAUCCUGGAGCUGGUACUCCUGGAGCAGUUCCUCACUAUCCUGCCAGAGGAGAUGCGGAGCUGGGUCGAUGCGCGAGAACCGGAAACUGGCCAUCAGGCCAUGGCCCUGGCUGAGGAUUUCCUUCUGAUGCUGAGGGGGUCUGUGAACCAGCAAGAACAGACACUGUUUGGACAAGAUCCAUCAGAUAUGGCAAAGAUACAGCUUUCUGUGGAGGCUGUGAAGGAGGUGGAUGGGAAGGUCCUCUCUCCAGCAGGAGACUGGCAAGCGAACAUAAAAGAGGAGGCGAUGGAAGAAGGAGGCCGUGAGCAAGCAGAUGCCCCAGGAGCUUCAUGGGAAAGAGCUGAAGACAAACGCUUCCAGGUUCCUGAAGCAGGACACAUCUCAAAAUGCUUGCAGGGUCCAAAAGAAACCAAGGGAAGUGUUUUGUGCCAGAGGAUGGAAAAAUCCUUUCUUCGUGAGGAAGCUCACAAAGGCCUGUACGAAAGGACCUCCCAAGAGGCAAAGUGCCUGCAUACGAGGAAGGAGGCAGGCGUGGUUUGUGGGGAAAGCCUGCUAAAGAGCUUAGAGCUCCUUGAGAACAAGAGACAGCAGCUCAGAGAAAAGCUGUCUAAACACUCCAACUGGGGUCAGAACCUUAAGCUGAGACUGCACCUUAACGUGCCUGAAAGAAGACACAGAGGACGGAACCCCUCCGUCUGGUUGGACUUUGGGAAAAGGUUCCCUCAGCCUUGUGAUGUUCCUAGACCUCAAGAAAUCCAUGCCAGAACAAACCAGCACAUAUGCUCAGAGUGUGGAAGGACCUUUAGCAGGCAUUCCCACCUCCUAAUACAUCAACGAAUGCACACAGGGGAAAAACCGUACACAUGCUCAGAGUGUGGAAAGAGCUUCAGCUACAGUUCGGUCCUUACAGAACAUGAAAGAAUCCACACGGGCGAGAAGCCCUACGAAUGCUCGGACUGUGGGCAAACCUUCAGCCGCAGGUCAUACCUUAUUCAGCAUGAAAGAACUCACACGGGUGUGAAGCCCUACGAAUGCGCGGAGUGCCAAAAAUGCUUCACACGUCGCAGUGGCCUUCUUCGACAUCAGAAACUCCACGUGGCAAAGAAGUUGGGCUGAAGUCACUUUUUCUUCUUCUUUUAAAUUCUAUGCACUCAAAAUAUAUUAAUGUUCGCAGCUGCUGGAGAAUGUUAUGAAAAAGCAUUGACUGUCAGUUGCACAUUGUUUUUUGUUUUGAUGUUUUCUGUAAGAAUAUAAGAAUUGUCCUCCUGGAUGAGAACAA